ACGAAGUAAUGAUAUAUGAGUAUUAAUCUCUUAAUUUCAAUCUUAGUCAUAUAUUUUUUCACGUAUAUUAUCGCGCAUCUAAGUAAAAGAAACAUGUCAUUGCAAGAUAAACGUUCAGAAAUUACAGUACAUACAGAAGAACCAUCUAUUUUAUCAUACGAUGCAAACGAGCGGAAGUUGGCACGCAGACUUCGUAUACAACGACGUAUACAAACACGAGAUAAACAGAUAAAAGAUCAAGAUGAAGAAAUCGAGGAAAUAACUCCUAUCGAGAAGCAAAUACUCGAUAGCAUAGAAGCCUUGGACAAAUUAGCCGCAGAAGGCGAUGAAGUGGUUACAGGCAUCAGAGUGGCGAGUGACGCGAAGGAACUGCAAAGACGAAAAGAGAUGCGAGAGAAGAGAGAAAGAUUAUUGGAGGUACUCGAGGAGGAAGAUAAAAAAUGCACGGAGAAAUAUCGCGAGAUUACGGAAAAAUGGCCUGUUAUACUUGCAUCGAAACAUCCGCUGGAUAUUCACGAAGAGUUGGAGAGUCAAAAUGCCAAGUGUCUGGAAAUCUUAGAGAAGAAGGACGCGUUGAUCGCGGAAUUGAAACAAGAACUUGAUAACGCUGAUCUACAGUACGCCGAGGAUGUAAAUAAACAGAACGAGGAGAUUGAUUUGCUUAUCGAAAGGAUGGAAAACCAAAUACGAAUAAUGAGCAAAGCUUAUCGCCGAGAGGUAGAAUUGAUCGAAAGUGUCAUCGAAAUGGAGCGGAAAAUACUUUUGGAAUCUUCUUUGGAAAAGUGGAAUGUAUUAUUUAAGCAGCUCAAUGACGAUACAUUCAACGCGAGGAAAAAAAGGAAGGAGGUAAUGCGCGAGUAUGAAGAGGAAAUGCAGAGAGCGAUGAUACAGCAUCAAGAAGAGUUUAGGAAACAAAAGAUUAUGUUUGAGUUAGAGAUACAGAACCUUCAACAAGAGAUACAGAAUAUGAAAGCCUUCUGUAUGAUGAAUACCGAGAAAUUGGAUUAUAAUUACGCGGUGCUGAAACGGCGAGACGAAGAGAAUACUAUCGUAAAGAAUCAACAGAAAAGAAAAAUUAACAAGCUUCAGGAUGUUAUUAAUAAUUUAAGGAAGACUUACACGGCACUGGAAGAGUCGACCAGGGCGGAAAUUCAAAAGAUCACGAAUCAAAUACUAAAGUCGCAUACAGCUAUACUAGACUUGGAAGAAAAGUCGAACCAUCUGACAGUCGUCAACGAUAAAAAGUACAUGCAAAUUUGGGACAUGAAUAUCGAAACUGCGAACGAAUUAGUCGAUAAGAUUUUAACGGCAGAUAGAAUUAUACACGAACAAUUGUUAAUAAUGGAUUGGCAACCACCGGAGGUAAAGUUAUUGAAAAAGGAAGAAUUACCGUCGUAUUGCGGAGCGAUGUGUGCCUUGAAAGCAGAACAAGAGGAAGCCAAAAAACGAAAAACAAUAUCUAAAUCAUAUAAACCAACGACUAUCUUAGAAGAAAUUAAUUUAGAACGACGCUUAUUAAAUCAUAUUCUUAAACUAAUUUCCGAACACUGUGAUUACCUUAUCGAAGACACUUUGAAGAAUUUACUCUCCGAUUACACAGAAGAGGAUAAGCUAUUGAUUCGAUUGGAUAAAGCAUUUGAGGCUCUAAAAAUUACAGCCGAAGAAGAACUUCAAUUUUUAUUGAAUUUUUUCUUACCGUAUGCAUAUUGUCCCACGUGUACGGUUAAAACUAUAAGCACAUCGAGUGUUUGUGGACAGUCUGCAGAAAUUACGGAAAGUUCUUCGUCCCUAGCCACUAUUUCUGAUGUUUGUGGCAGCGAUACACUUAAUACGAAAGAAGCCAAGUUAGUGGCAGCUAUGGAAGAAGUACUUUGUUGUGAAAAACUACACGAUGAUGGUCAUGAAAGUGACAUUGUUAUGAAUAGAAGCGUUCCUUCGACCGAAACACCGCCUGUUAAUACAGAAGUUGUAUCGACUUGUGUAUCUGAAGGCAUUAUCGAAGUUACUGACACAGAUGGCGAACCAAAACGAUCAUUAACCUGCGAUAAAGGCCAUUUGUUGACAAUUGAAACUGAAUUUGUCUCAAGUGCGUUAAAAGAAUUUGUGGAAAGAUACGAGUUCGUUAAGAAAGAGGUAUCACCUGAUAAAAAAGUAAUUAAAGAGAAAGUCACGAUAUCACGUAACAUAACGGACGACGAUAUAACUGAUUUUUGGGAACGAUAUAGGAAUAUUUUUCCGAAAGAUAAAGAAAGACUAUGGGAUAAUCUAUUGAUUGGUCUUAAAAAGUAUUAUGAAGUGCUAAAGGAAAGGCAUCGAUUAAAUGCUGAGACGCAAUCGUUACGAAAACAGAAUGCAGAAAUGCGUCGUUUAUUAAGCAAGUAUACCACGCAGCCUGAAACUACCAUAACGCAUUGAAAAGAAAACGGAAUUUCGACAACAAAAUUUUUAUGUUGUAGGAUUAAUAAAAAAUUAUUAAUUAUUAUUACUUACAACAUUAUAUAUUUUUCCAUUCAUUUUUAAAUGAACAUAUAUACAUUCAUACAUUACGUCGGUACCUUCUUGCGCUAUUUUAUCUAAUAUCAAAUACAAUGUCAAUCUUUCAAACGUAUCUUAGCUUUUAAUGCAACAUCGGCACUUUGUACAAUUUGUUUUUAAAACUUUCCUUAAUUAUUAAAUGCAUCUGACAAAAAUUUACAUGUGAUUUCCAAUUGAACUAAUUGUGUUUCAAUUAUAUGUAUAUUUAUAUUAUAUCCUGAAGAAAUAAUGCAAAGAGAAAAGUUUAUAUCUUAACGUGGCAGAGCCUCCAAUGUUCGUGAAUUACAAAAUUAUAUAUAACAUUGUGUAUUUACUUAUUCGUAUAUGUGAAUGUCACUUAAUGUUCAAAAUUUAAGUAUCAAAUUAAUUUCGUCGUUUAAAGAAUCAUGAUCCUACUUGGAAUGAAUUAUUCUUCUUGGAAAGAAUAAAACAUGUACUUAAAUAAUUCAUAUGAGUAUUAAAA